UAUUUUCUGACCUGAAUAACAUAACUUAGAACUUUGGCCACGUGCAUAGCUUAAGUUAAAUCCGAGAGGAAAAAAUGGUUUUAGGUGUUAACUGUUUAAAGAUUAAAAUAGCGAUGUGUCAUUAAACGAUUACUAAACCAACUGCAAUUUUAAAUGUAUUUAAAUCGUACAUGGAUAACUUCCAACAGUUGCCAGUUGGUCGGGUGUUCUAUGUGAACCAUGGUUUUACCCCGUCUGUGUCUUUUGCUGUUGGUCUGCUCUUGUUCUGUGGUUUAACGUUUGAUGGCAAAUAAAGACAGUUAUAAACUACUGCAAUUAGUAAAUGACAGUACUAUUCUAAUAAUUCUCUAAAAAUAUAAUGCUGGCUUUGUAAUUUCAUAAUCAAAAGUAUGCUUUUGUUUCUAACUAAAACCAUUUUUUUUCCUUUUCAGAUACAUCAAGCAUCUUUUCUUACAUCUAAAUGGUGGGACAACCUCCUAGACCUUAUAUGUGAAUGUGGCCAUGCAAAGUGUGUGACAUUUCAUUAUCUACCCGAGACCACUUCAGAUCUUUUGAGUUGACUUCUUCACCAGGUAAAGAGGUUGCCCUGGUUCAGCUUGAAGAACUGACAGACUGCUAUCCACUUGUGGCCUAUACAGUUUGUUCCAAACGUAUGGUAACCCUGAAGAGACACAUCGUCAUCAAAGAUUAAAAAAUCAGGAUGGCAGGACCAGUUAGCUUCAGAGUCCUUUUUGGAAGUGAAGAUGAUGCAAGAAAACUAACCAUUAAAUCCGGAAUACCGUCUUCUGUGGAUGAAUUGGCUUUUGAAAUUAAGACCUUCUUUGGAGUAACAGAGCAGUUUAGGCUUCAAUACAAAGACGUAGACUUUGGAAACGAAUUCAUGAACCUCUUAUCAAUUUCUGAUAUUCAAGAUCGCAGUACUUUGAAAGUGGUAUACUUACCUUGUGAGGCUACCACCUCCGCAAUAUCCUCAGCUCCAUCCACUAAAGAUAACUGCUCCACAAUCCCAGUUACUCCCUCCAAUGUAUCUUGCAGCUCCUCGUCACAAGAACCAAGUGAUUCAGCAUCUGUUGACUCCUGUAGCAGCAAUGAUACUGUCAUAUUGUCAUCUCCUGACUCCCGGUCUUGCACUUGGCCUAAAGAUUUUGUAGUGCCACGAUUUUCAUAUUGUGCCGAGAUGCAGCUCCAGAAGGGAAAUGAUGAAUUCAAUGCAAGUGGAACUCUCCUAUCUCUUACGCCCAAACUCAGAUCUGAUAUUCUUGAAGGCAUUGCAGAAGAAAUAAUCAAGUAUACAGCAUAUCCAAAGGACAAUCAGUUUGAAAAAGUUGCUGAGGCCUUGAUACAAACCCAUCCAUGUUUGCGUGAGAAAGGAACACGGACUGGGUGUUGUGGAUGGAAGCACUAUAUUAAGAUAAAGAUGAUGAACUUCCGCACCAAGCUUGGCCGAGCUGGACACCCAGAAGUCACAGUCAACUCACUUAAAAACAAACAGAAAGGCCAGGGAAAACCAGCUGCAAACAUAAAAAAGCCACGGAGGGCAGAGAUUAAUUUCUGUCCAAACCAUCCGAGAGGUGAAACCAAUGACAGCCUGGAGGUGGAAAGGGUUGCUCUAUUGACCGAGGUAAAAAAAAAAGAAUAACGAGACCGUUAUCAAGGAAAAGAUGCAGCGUACCUUCUCAUACCGACGACAAGAAAUUCUUCAGGAGCCAAUGAUUACAGAGGUCCGAAACAGAUGGCCAGCAUUGUUUGAAAUUGGAGAAGUAAGUAGUUAAGUGUUGUUUGAAACGGAAGCGCAUCCUGGACAUGUGGUCUUGUGCAACGGCCACAUGUAAAACACAGACACUCCUACCUCCGUUAUUAACACAGAGAUGUUAGUCCCGUCCCAAUCCAUACAUUAAAUGACAGACGUCGGCUGAAAAAAACUCUAACUUGAAUGUCGUUUGGAAAACUAGUCCCGUCCGAAUAGGGCUUUUCACACUCACACACACACACUCACACACACAUACAGACACUCACUGAUACACUCACACACACAUCAUAAUCAUGAACAUUUUAUACAUAGACGCUAAUACAUUUUUGUGACACUGAGUACUUAUAUAUAUAAAUGCACAUAUGUGUGAAUAUUUGUUUAUGUUUGUAGUACUUAUAUUUUCUUUAUAUUACAAUUACAAUUAUUACAAUUUCUUUUUUUGCUCCUGUUUCUUUAUUAUUACUGUUAUAUCUGUAAUUGUUGUAAUUGAAUCAUGAACAUGUUCAAUUGAAGGCGUUUUGCUUUGGAGCGUAACUAAAAUGUUGGGUUACUUUGUCCAUAAAGGAGAGUGAGGAGUGCUGAUGAACAGUAACCUCACAUGACCUCCACAAGCACUUUAUGUUUUAGUUUGAGAUGAAUUUGUUGAUGUUUAAUAGUUUGUGUUAUCAUUUUUAUUUUAAAUGUUAAUAAUCAUUUGUUGAAUGUUUUAUUUCUAUGUUUAAUAUUUGAUUAAACCUGUCUGACUGAACAGACCCUUAAUUGCUGCACACAGACACACAGAAUUGUGCUGCACAGACUACAGUAUGUGUACAGCAGUUCUCUGGAAAGAGAUUAUCAAGACACAGCACAUGCUGACAGGAAAGUCCCAGUGAUGCACAAUAUGAAUGCUGUCCCCUAUACAUUUGGCCAGCUAUACACACACACACACACACACACACACACA